AUGUCGUCAGAACUCUCGAACUCAAACGCAAGUUUGAAUGAAGAAAAUGCUGACUCCUCGGGGUAUGCGCUCAGGGAAUCGCAUCCGUACGGAGGCCUCGACGAGGCUGCUCAGCGAGAAAUAAAGGAGCUGGCAAGAACGUUAACAAGCCAAUCUUCCAUUUUAUCUAAGGGAAAAAACCUUGCUCUGAGAGGCGAUCCGAAUACGAUUGCUGCUUCUUCUUCCUCAUCAAACAAGUCCCUUUUUGCUACCGACAUCAAAGGUGUCAACCCAAUACUUUUGGAUGUGAAUGACCCAGAUUAUGACGAGUCAUUAGACCCUCAAUCGGACAAUUUCUCCAGUGUCAGAUGGGUACGAAAUAUGGCCCAAGUAUGUGAAAAUGACUUGGAUUUCUACAAACCGUUCUCAUUAGGGUGUGCGUGGAAGAAUUUGAGUGCCACCGGUGAUUCUGCUGAUAUAUCGUACCAAGGAACGUUUGGUAACAUGCCCAUCAAACUAUUGAAGAUGGGUUGGAGGUGCAUCUCUCGUCAUAUUUUUCAUCGGCAGAACAGUAAAAACAAAGAGAAUGGCUCCACUUUCCAAAUCUUGAAGCCGAUGGACGGAUGCGUUGAUCCCGGAGAACUAUUAGUUGUCCUCGGGAGGCCAGGUGCAGGCUGCACUACGUUACUAAAGUCUAUAUCUGUAAACACACAUGGGUUCAAGCUCUCGCCGGAUACCAGGAUUACAUACAAUGGCUUUUCUAACAAAGAAAUCAAAAACCAUUAUCGCGGUGAAGUGGUCUAUAAUGCAGAGUCUGAUAUACAUAUUCCGCAUUUGACAGUAUACCAAACUCUAUACACGGUGGCAAGAUUGAAGACCCCGAGAAACAGAAUCAAAGGCGUUGACAGGGACACGUUUGCCAAACAUGUCACCGAGGUGGCAAUGGCUACGUAUGGGCUAACUCACACCGUGGACACAAAGGUGGGCAACGACUUCAUACGUGGUGUAUCGGGCGGCGAAAGGAAAAGAGUUUCCAUUGCUGAAGUGUCCAUAUGUGGCUCAAAGUUUCAAUGCUGGGAUAAUGCUACCAGAGGUCUAGAUUCGGCUACUGCGCUGGAAUUCAUCAAAGCUUUGAAGAUACAGGCCUCUAUAACAAAGUCUACAGCAACCGUGGCCAUUUACCAAUGCUCUAGAGAUGCUUACGAUCUGUUCGAUAAGGCUUGCGUUCUUUACGAUGGUUAUCAGAUAUAUUUUGGCCCCAGCAAAGGCGCUAAACAAUACUUCCAAAGAAUGGGUUAUGUUUGUCCUGAAAGGCAAACGACCGCAGACUACCUGACAUCUAUCACUAGUCCUUCAGAACGAAUCAGAGACCAAAACAUGCUUAAGCACGGAAUUGUGAUUCCGCAAGCGGCCUACGAUAUGAACCAAUACUGGCUACAAUCAGAAGAAUACAAGCAACUACAAACACAAGUGAGCCACCAUUUGGGCACUGAUAAUUCCCAACAAAGGGAACGAAUAAGGAAUGCGCAUGUUGCAAAACAAUCUAAGAGAGCGCGGCCUUCUUCCCCUUAUACGGUAAGUUUUUUUAUGCAAGUCAAGUAUCUACUAUUCAGGGACUUUUGGAGAAUUAAAAAUGAUCCAAGUAUUCAAUUGUUUACCGUUUUGAGCCAUGCAGCAAUGGCUCUUAUUUUGGGAUCCAUGUUUUAUAAAGUAAUGCUUUCUCCGACUACAACGACGUUCUAUUUCCGAGGCGCGGCUAUCUUCUUCGCUAUUUUAUUUAAUGCUUUUUCAUCACUUUUGGAGAUUUUUUCACUUUAUGAGACAAGACCUAUCACCGAAAAGCACAAGACUUAUUCAUUAUAUCGUCCAAGUGCUGACGCCUUCGCAUCAACAUUUUCUGAAGUUCCGACAAAGUUGGCCACAGCAGUGACUUUCAAUAUACCGUAUUAUUUUUUGGUUAAUUUGAGAAGAGAUGCUGGCGCCUUUUUCUUUUACCUUUUGAUCAAUGUCGUAACUGUUUUUGCUAUGUCACACUUGUUUAGAUGUAUUGGGUCUGUAUCAAAAACUUUACCCGAGGCAAUGGUUCCCGCAUCCGUUCUUCUUCUGGCUUUUGCAAUGUACACUGGAUUUGCAAUCCCAAGAGUCCAAAUGCUUGGUUGGUCAAAGUGGAUUUCGUAUAUUAACCCAUUGUCUUUCCUUUUCGAGUCUCUAAUGAUUAAUGAGUUCCACGGUAGGGAUUUUCCAUGUGCCCAGUUUAUACCUAGUGGGCCCAAUUAUGCGAACGCCACAGGCAACGAAGUAAUCUGUUCAGCUCUCGGCGCUAUUCCAGGUAAUGAUUAUGUGAGUGGCGAUGAUUUCAUUCGGACAAAUUACGGUUUUCAGCAUAAGCAUAAAUGGCGGUCUCUUGGUAUUGGAUUGGCUUACAUUAUCUUCUUUUUGAUUCUGUAUCUAUUCAUCUGUGAAUAUAAUGAAGGGGCAAAGCAAAAAGGUGAAAUGUUGGUAUUCCCCCACAGUGUGAUCAAAAGAAUGAAGAAAAAGGGUUUUGUCUCCUUAAAAGAAAAGGAAAAUUCUUCUGCAACGUCGACACCUGAUGCCGAGAAGGAUUUAGAGAUAAACAACGACUCAAGUGUCACUGAUACAAGAUUUUUGCGUGAUUCAGACGCGGCUGUGAUGGGCAACAACAACAUUAUGGUAAAUAAACAAUUUCCUUCUCCCUCGUCUUCAGCGUCUCGAAGCGAUAGCUCUAGCAAAAGUAAUGAUAUUGAACUGUCCAAAUCGCAAGCGAUUUUUCAUUGGAAAAACUUAUGCUACGAUAUUUCGAUCAAGAAAGGAAAGAGAAGAAUUUUGAAUAAUGUUGAUGGCUGGGUAAAACCUGGUACAUUGACUGCCCUAAUUGGGGCAUCUGGAGCAGGUAAGACAACGUUGUUAGACUGUCUUGCGGAAAGAACCACGAUGGGCUUAAUUACUGGUGAUGUGUUUGUAGAUGGAAGACCUCGAGAUGAAUCCUUCCCCAGAUCAAUCGGCUAUUGUCAGCAGCAGGAUUUACAUUUGAAAACUGCUACUGUAAGAGAAUCAUUAAGAUUUUCUGCAUAUCUACGCCAGGCCGAUGACGUCUCCAUUGAGGAGAAAGACAAAUACGUUGAAGAAGUCAUUGAAAUACUGGAUAUGAAACUUUAUGCUGAUGCUAUAGUAGGCGUGCCCGGUGAGGGCUUGAAUGUAGAACAAAGAAAGAGAUUAACUAUUGGAGUAGAGCUAGCCGCUAAACCUAAGCUGCUAGUUUUUCUAGAUGAACCGACGUCAGGACUAGAUUCUCAAACUGCGUGGUCAACCUGUCAAUUAAUGAAAAAAUUGGCUGCUCAUGGGCAAGCAAUUUUAUGUACAAUCCAUCAACCCUCUGCUCUCUUGAUGCAAGAGUUCGAUAGGCUGCUAUUUUUACAAGAUGGUGGACAAACUGUUUAUUUUGGAGAACUGGGUGAAAACUGUAAGACCAUGAUUAACUACUUUGAAGCUCACGGUGCUCAUAAAUGCCCUCCGGAUGAUAAUCCUGCAGAAUGGAUGUUGGAAAUUGUCGGUGCGGCACCAGGAAGCCACGCCAGCCAGGAUUAUUUCUCCAUCUGGAGAAAUUCUGAAGAAUAUAAAGAAAUGCAGAAAGAAUUGGAAUGGAUGGAACAGGAACUGCCUAAAAGAACAGAAGGCUCAUCAAAUCAAGAACAAAAGGAAUUCGCCACCUCAACUCUGUAUCAAAUCAAGUUGGUCAGCUCCCGAUUAUUCCAUCAAUAUUGGAGAACUCCAUUCUACCUGUGGUCAAAAUUCUUUCUAGCAAUUGUAUCCGAAUUAUUUAUAGGCUUUACUUUUUUUAAAGUAGACACAUCAUUACAAGGCUUACAGAACCAAAUGCUAGCCAUUUUCAUGUUUACGGUUGUCUUCAAUCCAAUACUACAGCAAUACUUACCCCUUUUCGUACAGCAGAGGGAUCUUUAUGAAGCUAGAGAAAGACCGUCGAGAACAUUUUCGUGGAAAGCAUUUAUUGUGUCACAGAUUCUCGUAGAGGUCCCUUGGAAUUUGCUAGCCGGAACGUUGGCUUUCUUCGUCUACUAUUAUCCGGUUGGAUUCUACAGGAAUGCCUCCUACGCAAACCAGCUUCAUGAACGAGGUGCAUUAUUUUGGUUGUUCGCAUGCGCAUUUUACGUCUACAUUAGUUCAAUGGGCUUAUUAGUGAUUUCUUGUAUUGAAAUUGCAGAAAACGCUGCCAACCUUGCGUCACUGCUAUUUAUUAUGUCAUUAUCAUUCAGCGGUGUUUUGGCUACUUCAAAUGUUUUACCAAGGUUUUGGAUAUUCAUGUAUAGAGUUUCACCUCUAACAUACUUCAUUGAUGCUUUACUGUCUGUUGGGCUGGCCAAUGCUAGAGUAGUUUGUUCCGCAGAGGAACUUUUAAGGAUAUAUCCACCGAGUGGUAUGACUUGCUCGGAGUAUAUGGAGCCCUACAUCCAGUCUGCUGGAACGGGGUACCUUGUUGACGGGAGUUCAGAAACGGAAUGUCAAUUUUGUCAAUUUAGUUCUACAAAUGAUUAUCUGGACACCGUAAGUUCUUCUUAUUCACGGAGAUGGAUGAAUUACGGAAUUUUUUGUGCGUAUAUAGUCUUUGACUAUAUUGCUGCAAUAUUUUUAUAUUGGCUAGCGAGAGUGCCUAAAAAGAGCAAGAAACUGAAGAAAUGA